CGAAGAGUCUGUUGUUGAAGUGACUUCCAUCUGAAGAAACCCAGUUUGAGGCAAUGGGCAGUUGGGCACUCACUGGCCGUUUUCAUUUUUGACAACAGUGCCUACCGCCGCCCAGUGUUGCCAUUCCGUGGGUUUCGAAGCACACUCAAGGCUCAAGCAAACCAUAAUAAACCGCACACCAUAAUGGCUCAAUUCUAGCCUGCAUCCAAAAAGGCAGAAACUUACAAUUUUUCUGGUUUCUUAUUGUUGACAUCACUUUCCCAGUGGAAAGUGUUACCUAUAAAUAAGGCAGAAUGGUUAUCACGCGAAUUAUGCCAGGAGCGAAGAAGAUCGUUUGGCCUUCGUUCUUUAACAGUGUGCGGAACUGGGUCCAGACGGCGUUCAUUAUUCGUCCUCAUUUCGAUCGAGAGUUUUCCUUGCAAAAUUUUGACCGAGGCGCACGACAGGCAUUUCUGAGCGUAUCUGAGCGGCUUUCCGAAGGGGAUGCGGAGUCUUUGAAAGGCUUGGUGACUGACGAGGUCCAGGAUGGUUUGAAAAAGGCUGCAGCGACGUGGACUGCGGAAGACCGUCAAAAAUUCAAACUGGAUGAAUCCGAUAUAUAUCUCAGUUUCAUUUACCAAGUGGGGAUUAUAAUGCCAGAAAAAACGUCCGAACAACGCUGGGUGGAAAUUAUGGCAGUAUUUCAUACUUUGCGUGGAUUCCGUGAGUUGCAAAAGCAAAACAUUGAUGUACAGGAUCUGCAAAAAAACACCGACAGGUUUCUUUUUGGGAAUUUCAGGUUUUCGAGAAAUUUCAGCAAAGGUAUUAAUCUGGACGAAUCUGAAUGGAUCAUCAAUUAUAUAAACUAUUUUACUCCCGAAAACGAAAGCAAGAUAUAACUGCGGAUUUCUUUCGGCCCAUUAACAAUUUGAUAACCUUCUGGCCUGACGGUUAGCACUUUUGGCAAAAAGCGUCGGUUGGCGCGGUUAUUUCUUUGUACCGGUUCUUCUGUGAUUUGGUGUGCAUAGUGCGAUUCUGCUUAUUGUUUGGCCACCAUUCUAUUGUAAAUAAGGACGCUAAAACUGUAUUGUAUUCAGUGCAAGAAAGAACAGUACUGUAGGGGAUGGUGCAACUGGAUCGCGGAUACCGUCGAAAGCUCUUUUGUAGGUAGUUUUGUACGGUAUUUGGACAGUGGACGUCCUUAUCGGUUUUUUAUAUGCACUGUGCAUUCCGCUAUCCAUUGCAGAUAAGAUCAUUGCACUGUGA